GCGAAUCUCCGCGGCUUCUCGAUUCUUCCACGGCUCGACUGGCACAUGACUUCUCUCUUUUUUUAGUCUCCUUCCCCUUUCCUUUCCUUCUUACAACACAAAUUAACAAUUCUCUCUCUGUUCCAUCACAGGAGAAUUGUCAGGGCUUUUCUGCUCUUGCUGUUCUCUGAAUAGCAUAAUCAUUAAUGUCUCGCGGUAACCAGAGAGAUCGAGACCGUGAAAGGGCUCAAGCCCGAGUGGGUCACAAGGGUAAGCAGCCCAGAGACGACGGUUUGACUCCUGAGCAACGCCGUGAGAGAGAUGCGAAAGCAUUGCAAGAGAAGGCGGCUAGAAAGGCGGCGCAGGCAGCUGGGGGAGGGAUCAAUGCAGGCGGUGGUGGAGUGAAAGCCAAUAAGAAGUAACUGUGAAAAAGGGGGGCGUAGGUAGUUAGAAUGGAAGUUGUUGUACUGGAUCAGAUCUGGGUUUGUGGAAUUGGGAGUUAGAUGUUUUUUGUUAUUUUAACUUCUGAACUGUUUGAUUUGUGUAUGAUUUGGAAUGCAAUUCCUAUUUUUGUGCACU